UUGAGUACUGUAUUUUCUGUACCUCUAAAAAAGCAGCUAUUUUUGCCAUCAAAAGCAAUAAAGACUUACUUAAAAAAAACAGAAACUUUUUUUUGUUUUUUGCCUCAUAGAUAUACAAGUUGGAAGGAUACUAUGGCACGUGGCAGUGUAUUUAUAAAUCCUUUACCAGAUUCUGAUUCUGAUUCUGCUACCUCAGUACCAAGUUCUUUUGCAGUAUCAUCUGUACUAUCUGAACAAAGUUUAUUGUCGCUGAUUAGCACGGAAUUACGGCAAACAAUUGUGCCACUGUUGAUUAACUAUGACAAUAUUUUUUUGGAACAAAUUGUUGGUAAAGGUUAUUUUGGUAAUGUUUAUCGUGGGAGAUUACGAGAUAUAUCAGUUCCCAAAUAUAUUCCAGUGGCUGUCAAAACGCUAAAAGGUGAACGGGCGCGGGAUAUUGGACAUAUAGAGAAGUUCCUUCGCGAAGGAGCUAUCAUGCAACAUUUCGAUCAUCCUCAUGUGCUACGUUUAAUUGGAAUUAGCAUAACGCCAAACGGUAAUCCCUGGGUAAUUUUGCCGUUCAUGUCAAACGGUGACCUUCGCUCGUACAUUGCAGAUCCAACUCGGACGUUUUGUGUCCUCGAACUUGUAGACUUUGCCUUACAAGUUGCUCAAGGUAUGGCGUAUUUAGCAUCACUGAAAUUUGUUCACAGAGAUUUGGCUGCUCGUAACUGCAUGGUCAGUCACGACAGAGUCGUAAAAGUUGCUGAUUUUGGACUAGCUGUUGAUUUGUACGAUAAAGAUUCAUUUCUGGAUGAGAGUGAAACGGGUCCGGCGAGGUUGCCACUGAAGUGGUUGGCACCAGAGUCCUUACGUGAUCGUCGUAUUUUUAAUACAGCAACCGACGUGUGGUCUUUUGGCGUUUUGUUUUGGGAGCUGCUCACAAGAGCAGCAUCCCCGUAUGAAGAUAUCCCAAAUUCAAAGAUUCGUCAAUUUUUGAUGACUGGGUUGAGGCUGCAGCAACCAAUUCAUUGUCCAGACUCAAUAUACAAUAUCAUGGUAGCUUGUUGGAGAACAAAUCCAGCAGAUCGACCUGACUUUAAUUUUCUUGUUCGUCGUUUAAGAAACAUUAUUCAGGAGAACACUCCUGACGCUUUUAACAGGUAUGUUUUUCCUGGAGCAGAACCGUUUUUGAAUAUAGUGUUGCCUGGGAGUUUAUAUAGCUGCAACUACUUCAUCGACUAG